CAGAAGACCUGCUUACUCGCUAGAGCCGUCACUGACCAAGCCUAUAAGUAUCUCCUGCCUACAGGAGGGUUAUACCAAGCAUAGUGUCGCGUAUCUCUAAUGCAUCAACCACCAAAACUAUCACCCACUUUUUACGUCGCCAUCAGUAGCCUCCUCGAACUCUAUCCACCAACACCCAACUCACUACAUGAUGGCGAGCGCCACGCCGGCAAACGCUGACUCCCAGGUGCCGCUUACCGUUAUUGACCAACCGCAGCCGUCUCCGCAGUCACCGCAGUCACCGCAGUCGCAGCUCACGCCUAUCGUCGACGGCCCCGUUUCCCCGGUGCCGACUGCGCCCGCCGGCCCAGAGCCCCGGGUGUCGUCGUCGCAAGUGGACACUUCGCUGCGCGAGUUCCUGCGAAGGGUCGAUGGCUACGCCCCGAUUUGCAUAUCCCUGAUGCGGUUACACACUACUAUAUAGCCAAGGCCGGCUUACCGCCGGCACCGCAGACGGACCCGCGGCUCGCGCGACUCCUCGCCCUCGCGACCCAAAAGUUCGUCGCCGACAUCGCCGCCGACGCGUUCCUAUACAGCCGCAUCCGCGGCGCGAGCAAUACCAGCAACUCCAUGGGCCCACCUGGGGCCGCGGCAGGGUUAUCCAUUGCCGGACACCAGGCCGGCGGGAAAGAUGGGCAAGGCAAGGGCGGAGCCGGCAGCGCAUCUCUAGGCAUCCAGAGGCCAGGCUACGGCGGCGGCGGUCAAGGCGGCAACCAGAACAGGACGGUGCUCACUAUGGAGGACCUGGGCAUGGCAGUGGGCGAGCGCGGUGUCAACGUCAAGAGGGGAGAGUUUUACCGGUAAGGGAAUGGUGCCUUCAGCAUGGUAGAUGGGCGUUGGAUACACAUGAAUGGGCGAGCGGAGGGGGGAUCGCGUUCUUCCUAGUAGCAGUCGGAUCACC